GACGGAGCGUGCAAAGAGGAUGGACUCUGCAGGAGAAGAAGCGUCCCUGAAUUCACCUGAGCUGCCCUGGAACCAGCUCUAUUUGAAGAGAAGGACCGAGUCCAGGAUCCUGUUCAGGAGGAGAGUGUGCUUCACUGGCCCUGCUGCUGCUGCUUUUACUGUGGUAUUGGCAAUCCUCAUACUGGCUGCUGGCAGUGUGAGCAGCGACAGUGAGUUUGUGAAAGUCUCACGCUCAAUGAACUGUACUGAGGGGCAGGACUGUAUCCUGAGCUGCUCUUUCGACUACACAGCUGGAGGCUGGGAUGAGAAGUCAGCUGUGAUCUGGAGAAGAGCAGAAACGGACCACAUCGUUCAUGGUUACUAUAACAACAGGGACCAGCUUAACAAUCAGCUCCCUCAGUAUGUGAGCAGGACCAGCCUGUUUGAUUCUGAGCUGCAGCGCGGGAACGCUUCACUGCUGCUGAGAAGAGUCAGGGAGGGAGAUGCUGGAGAAUACAAGUGCUCUGUUAAUGCUCCCAGACUGCAUGGGUUGGGCCUGACUGAGGUAGUCGUGGUUCCGGCUCAACCCACAACAGCACCAGCUCAUGUGACAGUCCCGAGCUCAGUGAAGUGUACUGAGGGGCAGGACUGUAUCCUGAGCUGCACCUUCUACUACACAGCCUGGGAUGAGACGUCAGGUGUGAUCUGGAGAAGAGCAGAAACGGACCACAUUGUUCACAGUUACUAUAAGAAUACAGACCAGCUUGCCCAUCAGCUCCCUCAGUAUGUGAACAGGACCAGCCUGUUUGAUUCUGAGCUGCAGCGCGGGAACGCUUCACUGCUGCUGAGGAGAGUCAGGGAGGAAGAUGCUGGAAAAUACGAGUGCUCUGUUUACACUCCUAGACUGUCCGGGUCGGGCCUGACUGAGGUAGUCGUGGUUCCGGCUCAACGACACGCCUGGUGGGUUUCAGGAGCAGUUCUUCUUUGUGUGAUUGCAGGGCUCUGUGUCGGUCUGUGGCUCUAUAAAAGACGCGCAGGUCACAGGUGAAAGUCCAACAAGGCUUCUAGUCCAGCACAGGCAGUGUUGUUAUCAGAGGUGAUCGAGGAGCCCAGUGAAGUCAGACCGCUUCCAUGCACUGCUCAGUAUACCCAGUUUAAUACAAGCUCCCAAAACUAAAUAGUCACUUUCAAUUAGGAAACGUGAUCAGUGUUGAAGAGAAAUUUUAAAAAUCACAUUGUUUCCGAGUCAAUUGCACUAUAAUCUGUACUCUCGUUGUCUUUGCACAAUAUUGGAACAAUCCAGCAAAGAGAUACAGUAGUUUAUUCAACAUGACAUUAACCUCUUCAGCUCCAGGAUGCACAUCAAAGGAAAGAGCACUUGCAGUACCACGCCCUGCCUGCGCACGUCAAGGUUUGCCGUCUGUUCUCUGGGGUUUUUAUUUUCAAUCUGAUCUCUUUGUAUUCAUGCUCUGAGGCAGGGUUAGUGUGUGUGUUUUGAAGUCGGGGAGGAGAGAUGGAAAUCAUCAGGUGACUUUAUUAUCCAGUUGUGUUCCGUGCACAAAUCCCUCUCUAUCUGUGAAGACAUUGACAAGAGCUGGAGACGAUCAACGAUCUCAAGUAUAUACAGAGUAUUUCAUGGUAUUAUUUCUGCAGUUUUGCUUGUCUACCUUUAUUUUAUAUUCGUAUUUGAUUGCAAACUCCAGAAAUGUGGCGGCCUGUUACAUUAUACGAAGUAUGUAUUGUCAGUGAAUUUUUUUUUCUUAUGUGAAAACCACAUAAUAAACACAACUCAAGAAAGAAAUCUAUAUAAAAAAUCAGAAUCAAUUCUACAAUCAUCCUCUUGAACCUUCUUUUUAUUAUUUUGUAUUUGUUUUGUAUUAUUAUUAUUAUUAUUAUUAUUAUUAUUAUUAUUAUUAUUAUUAUUAUCAUUAUUAUUAUUAUUAUUAUUAUUAUUAUUAUUAUGAUUCAUGAUUGUAGCGGGUGCUGCUGAUUUUAUUAUAUUCAAUGAACAUUAGGGCUUGAUUUGUUAAAAUACCCUGUUUUAGAUGCUUAAUUAGCGUUGCUGAUCAACACCAUCAACAGGUGCUGUGGAUUGGGAGAUUACGAAAUGAUUAGCUUACCUUUAAAAGUGCCAUAGCGUUUGUCAUUUCAGAGUAGCGCACACUUUCCACUGAGCUGUUUUCCCGGGUGUCUGUCUGAUGUUUGUUUGAUGAGUGGAGAUAGAUCAGUUACAUUAUCUGUUUUUCCCAGCGUGAUUCAUUGUUAUUUUGAAUUAUUUUUAAUCAUGACUUUAAUUUUAGUUCCGGUAUUUGUAGGGCGGGCCAUGAUAAAGAUGUUUGAAUCCAGACUCGCCUGAGGU